AUGUCUCAGUCUACAUUCCCGUACCGCCUGCAUCAAGUCUUGGCCACAGAAAGCAAGACAGGUCAACCAGAUUCCAGCAGCGUCAUCUCGUGGACACCCAGUGGGAAUUCAUUUCGAAUUCAUGAUCAAAAUGCUUUCGAGACUGAGAUACUGCCAAAAUACUUCCCCAAACAAAGCAAGUACGGGUCAUUCCGAAGACAGUUGCAGUACUAUGGUUUCACCACGUUGGGAUUGAAUCAUUUCGGUCACCCUCUCUUCAUCAGGGACCAAGAAGAACAGCUGAUCCACAUCAAGCACAAGAAAGGUCAAGCUACCCAGGCCAAGAAAUCAACUACGAAACAAAAACAAAAGAAGGAGAGACAAAUCGACGCGACACCAUCGUGCUCAAAGAUCGCCAAUCAUCUUCGUGGGGCUCAGUCUCGAUCUUCUCAGCAUCUUCGCAACAUGAAGCAUUCUCAGCAAGAACAAGCUUCAAAACAGCUCAUGUUGACAAGGAGGCAGCUUGAUCUCGAUUUACUAUUGGCACUUCAACAACGAAGAGGAUAUAUUCCAUGCGCCAAACAGCAGACCCUUUUGUCUCAGCCACGAAGCACGGACUACAGCACAGCCCAAAUGAGGGUUGACCCCGCUUCUGCGUUCAUUCAACUCGCUCGUAUGCAACUCGGCCUUUAA